AUUAACAACAAACCACCAACCUAGAUUUACUUGCAUUGGUCUCUAGCAGUUCAUACACUGAACUUGCAAGAGUUUGUUUGUGCUUCUCUUGUUCUUGAAAGAUGGCCGGAGUUGUUGUGGUUUUCGACUUUGACAAGACCAUCAUCGACUGCGACAGUGACAACUGGGUCGUCGACGGGUUGGGUGCUACUGACUUGUUCAACCAGCUCCUCCCCACCAUGCCUUGGAACUCUCUCAUGGAUGAGAUGAUGAAGGAGCUUCAUUCACAAGGAAAAACCAUUGACGACAUUGUGGAGGUGCUCAAAAGGACCCCAAUCCAUCCCAGAAUUGUGCCAGCCAUCAAAGCAGCCCAUGCUUCAGGAUGUGAGUUGAGGAUUGUGAGCGAUGCGAAUCUGUUUUUCAUUGAGACGAUUUUGAAGCAUCUUGGUCUGGAGGAAUAUUUCUCAGAAAUUAACACAAACCCAGGUUAUGUUGAUGAAGAAGGAAGGGUUAGGAUUUCACCUUUCUGUGAUUUCACCAAUUCUUCUCAUGGAUGCAGCCUCUGCCCUCCUAAUAUGUGCAAGAGUGUGAUAAUUGAGAGGAUCCAAGCUUCAACUGAAGGGAGGAAAAGGAUGAUUUAUUUGGGUGAUGGAGUUGGUGAUUACUGCCCAAGCUUGAAGCUCAAGGAAGGAGAUUUCGUGAUGCCAAGAAAGAACUUCCCACUUUUCGAUAAGAUUUGCCAGAACCCUCUGGCUCUCAAGGCCGAGAUUCAUGAGUGGACUGAUGGGGAAGAGCUUGAGCACAUUUUGCUCAACCUGAUUAACACAAUUGCCAUUGAAGAGAACACUGCUGCUCAGUUCAUUACAACUGACUGCAAGUUACAGACCAUCUCUGUUUCUGGUCAUGAGGCCUUCCCUAAAGCUCUCCCAGUUCAGCAGUAAUUGAUUUGAAUGGGGUGGUGUUGUUGUAUGAAAGUAACUAAUGUAAUUUUGCUGGCAAUUAAGUUGUUGUGGUAAUUAAGCUAGCAAAAUGUUGCAGAUCCAGAGAAGCUUGUUUUCUUGGUCUAGAAAUACGCUAGGCUUCUAACUUUGUGAUUUCUAAUUGAUCAUGAAAAUUGGAUCAGUAAUGUGUG